AUGACUGGUCCCGAAUCCCGCCCAAUCCCCGAGGCUUUUGAGCGUCGAAAGCGCAAAAUCCUUGCCGAAUUAUCCAUUCCUGACGCAGAGUAUACUGAUCUCUCACCCAAGGGGUCGGUGGAUGAAGGCAUCCGUGAGCUGAUCGAUGAUAUCAAUACCUUGCCCGGACUAGUAACCACUAGCAGCUGUGCAGGGCGGUUCAGUGUUUUCCUAGAGGGGAGAAAGAAACAGCAUCAGCAACAGUCGUCAGAAGUGCAGCAGAGACAAUUCGUACCUUCAGGGGGCAAAGGAGCCGGGAAAUGGCUGUAUGUCUCCCAUGACGCGUUGAAGGAGUAUGGAGAAAAGCAAGGUGAAGAAGAAGAUGAGGAAGAGGAGAACAACAAGAGACCGCUGCACCGCUUAUUCGGGAUGAUUCCUGGAGAUGGAAAACCGCCCAAGCUGGACGGAUCCGGUCAGGCCCCGCGUCUCGUGCGCUUCUCCUAUGAGCCGAUGAUUCUCCAUAUAAUGGCAGCGACCCUCCACCACGCCAACCCCGUCCUCUCCGCCGCCUCCAGCUCCGGGUUCCGCGAAAGCGGACUCCAGAGUCUUCGCUGUCUAGAUGCGGACGACGCGGACGGCCCCAGUCCCAUCAUUGCUGUCCGCUCCGCCGGCAUGGCUCUGGAGUCAGUCAUCGGGUACUGCGAAGAGAAGCAGGACGACGACGACGACGAGGAGUCCGAGCCCGUCAUUCGCAGUUUGGUCACGGAGGAGUACCUGGAAAUGUUGAUCGCCAUCUCGAACGAACGGUUCGUCGUCAAUUCGGAACGCAAGGAACGCUUCCGGUUAAGUCUGGUGGAGAUGUGUUCCGCGGAUCAUGCUCCAGGCGCGAAGGCGAAGGGGAAAGCGAGACCCGUGGGCUGGGAGGAUCCUGCUGCACGCAGGGAGAGGAUGAGGGCGGAAGGACUACGAAAGAAGCAGCAACAGCAGCAACUCGAACAGACGAGCCGAACAGAGGAAGGAGAUGGUGGUGCGAUUGGCAAUGUCGAUUUAUUCAUUGGAGACUAA